AUGUCGGUCACCGCCAUAUCUGCGCAGGUGGCCCGCCAGACCGUCCCAUUUUCUUCGUUUGAGUUCUAUGAUAGUACCACCGCCUUUGUCUUCCCGGAUACCACUUUCGAUCUUGCCGCGCCGUUUGCUCCCGACCCCUCGUUCUACGACCCGGAUCCAUCUGCAUUUUUACCACCCCCACCCCCCGAUCUCGCUGGCUUCAGUGAUCUGGACUAUUCAAUUCCGACGGGAACUUCUACUUCCACUUCGCCGUAUGAGCUGCCCGUGUCUGCGCCUGAUCCUUUCGACUUGACUGCUACGACUCUGCCCUUUUUGGACUUUGAUUCCCCGGGCACAGAUUCAGACACGCCAAUCAACCCAGGCCAAGUUCAAGGCUCGACUCCACCUCUGCUCAUGCCCGCCUCGACCCUGCCCGUGUCCAUUACUGCAGCCCCGUCUACCUCUGGGGACAGCUCGCCCAGGGAAUCGUCGAACCGGGUCUCGAAGCGGCAGCUCAACACCCUUGCUGCGCGGAGAUACCGCCAACGACGGGUGGACCGGAUGAACCAGCUGGAGGCGGAACUGGAGAAGGUGAAGCGGGAGCGGGAUGAGUUGAAGAUGCGGGUGUCGAAGCUGGAGGGGGAGACGGAGGCUUUGAGGGGGUUGUUGAAGAAUAAGAAGUAG